AUGAAAGAUCUUUUUUUAGAAGGUAGGGAUUCUAGUAGAGUUUUUGAUAUUUUGAUUGAUUCAUCCUCAUCUUCCCCUUCUAGAUCUGAUGUAGGUGAGGUUGGUCUUAAGGAUGAUGACGCUAUUGUGGUGGUGCUGGGGGUUUUGGAUUCUGCAAGUUUGAAGAAUGAGUCUCUUAUUGGAGUAGAAUUUGGUAGUGAUUUCAAUCAUUUAUCUGCCUUAGUUAAUUUCUUUGGGGACAUGGUGAGAAAGUUGUCAGGGCUACAUUUCACCACACGGCGCAUGAACAGAACAAUGCUGAAUUCCUCAAGUGUCUCCAACAGCAGGUACACCCUGACUGUGCAAAUGACAAUCACCAUUCUAAUGCUCUUCUGUUUGUUCUUCUUCAUUUACUUCAUCACAGUUUUAUUGAGUAUUUACUUCACCACCCCUGUCCGAGAGAACAGCCGCUACAUCCUUUUUGCCCACAUGCUCGUUAACGAUACUUUGUAUCUGAUCAUAGGUCUCUUCCUGUUACUUAUUGCGUUGUAUUCCAUACCCCUCCCUGUGCCAAUCUGCUACAUAUUAGUCACUGUGUCUUCUACAUCGUUUAAGAUUACGCCAUACAACCUGGCGGUUAUGGCGCUUGAGCGUUACAUAGCCAUAUGCUUCCCUCUACGACAUGGAGAGCUUUGCACCAGACAAUCUGCUUUAAUUGCAAUAUCUGUGAUAUGGGUUAUAGGACUGAUUCCUAAUUUUGCUGAUUUUGUGACCCUGAGUUCUUCAAUCGAGAUGAACUUUCUCUCUCGCUCAGUUUCUUGUAGUCGAGCAACAUUUACAAUCACUGCGGUGCAAAAUAAUAUAAGAUUCUUCACUCACACCUUCACGUUUUCCCUAGUGGGACUAAUAAUUAUAUUCACGUAUAUCAAAAUCAUGCUGGUCGCUUUCAAGAUUGGUUCUGGCAAAGCGACCGCGUCAAAAGCUGGAAAAACCGUCAUGCUCCAUGCCGGGCAGCUUUUGCUAUGCAUGUUUGCUUUCAGCUACACACUUACAGAGCUAUAUUUCGGAGCGUAUCUUAUCAUCUUACCCAUAAUCAAUUUCUUUUUCUUCAUGUGUCUGCCAAGAUUUUUAAGCCCUUUAAUUUAUGGAUUAAGAGAUGAAGUAUUUCGUAUCUACAUCAAAAGGUUUAUUCUCUGCAGUGCAAGGACAGAAUCACAUUGAAACUUAGAAUGACGUCAGAUCGA